UUUUAACUUGUAGCAGAAGUGCGGAUGUGAGUUGCAUAUUGAUACGGAACAGGCCGCCAGUUUUUUUUUUUAUAGCAAUGCGUGCUUAGGCAAUGAUCAUUUUGUGGAGCUAUGAAUCCAGAGGAGCAGACUGUAACGUGGUUAAUAUCACUAGGAGUGCUCAGCUCGCCUAAAAAGAAUAUAGCGGACCCGGAGGAGUUUUUGAAAACAUCGUUGAAGGAUGGGGUCGUCCUGUGCAAGCUUGCUGAGCGGCUCAUACCUGGCUUCACUCCCAAGUAUUGCCAGGAUCCGAGAACUGAAGUCGACUGCAUUUCCAACAUCAGGGAGUUUUUAAGAGGAUGCUCGUCCUUGAAAGUGGAGGGGUUUGAACCAGAGUGGUUAUACACUGGUGACAAUUUUGGCAAAGUACUGACCACUUUGCUGGCAGUCAACUUUGCCACACAAGACUGUGCUGCUGAGAGGUCAUGUCCGCAGUCCGGUGCCCCCCCUCCUAGUCAGUCGACGUCUUCACACACACUCUCAUCUGCCAAAUCCAAAGGCUCUCUACGUAGACAAUCCAAAUCAGUGGAGAUGUCUGAGAACGGCGGAGGUGGGCACCUGAUGGUGAAGGCUCGCUUCAACUUCAAACAGAACAACGAGGAUGAGCUGUCAUUCAGUAAAGGUGAAAUGAUCCAUGUGACGCGGCAGGAGGAGGGAGGAUGGUGGGAGGGCACACUCAAUGGCAAGACAGGCUGGUUCCCCAGUAACUACGUCCGAGAGGUCAAACCCUGCGAGAAGCCAGCGUCUCCUAAAGGAACUCAGCUGACCAAAAACUACUACAGUGUGGUGGUACAGGACAUCGUGGAACAUGAGCGGGAGUUUGUCAAAGAAUUACAAACAGUGCUGAGUUGUUACCUGCGACCCUUGCAAGGCAGCGACAAGCUGAGCAGUGCAGACAGCGCCACCCUGUGUGGAAACCUGGAGGAGAUCCUCACCUUCCAGCAGGGGCUAUGUGUGGCUCUGGAGGACUGUACUAAAGUCCCAGAGGGCCAGCAGCGAGUGGCAGGCUGCUAUUUAAACCUGAUGUGUCAGAUCAAGACUCUGUAUCUGGCUUACUGUUCCAGCCACCCCUCGGCUGUCUGCAUCCUCACCGACCACAGUGAUGAAUUAGACAAGUUCAUGGAGAGCCAGGGAGCAAGUGCUCCAGGGAUCCUGACCCUGACCUCCAGUCUCAGUAAGCCCUUCAUGAGGCUUGACAAGUACCCGACCCUGCUGCAGGAGCUGGAGAGACACGUGGAGGAAGCCCACACAGACUACACUGACAUUGUAAAGGCAACAGCAGCAUUUAGGAGCCUAGUGGCGCAGUGUCAGGAACUGCGGAAGCGCAAGAACCUGGAGCUCCAGAUCUUGUCAGAACCAGUGCGGGGCUGGGAGGGAGACAGCAUGAAGAGCCUCGGUCAUGUAGCUUACAUGUCCCAGGUCCACAUGAAAAAUGGGUCCAGUGAGGAAAAAGAGGAGCGCUAUUUAAUGCUAUUCCCUAAUGUGUUGGUAAUGCUUUCUGCCAGUCCCCGGAUGAGUGGCUUUAUUUAUCAGGGAAGACUGCCGCUGACAGGCACCACAGUAACAAGACAUGCAGAGGAUGCGGACAGUGCCCACUAUGCCUUUGACAUCACAGGAAGCAUGAUCGAUCGUAUUACAGUGUUAUGCAGUAGUCCUCAGGAGUUGCAGGAAUGGCUGGAGCACCUUCAGCCCUUUACCAAAGGAGGCAGCCCUGCAGGCACCAUUUCAAAGACUGUAGAAGGAAAGCCACUGAGCAUGGUCGGCACUCCUACUCACCUGUCCCACCUGGGCAGCCUGACUGCCAUCAGUCGUGGCCCCCUGGAACCACCAAAGAUCAGCAAGCCCUGGUCUCUCAGCUGCCUUCGCCCCGCGCCUCCCCUCAAACCCUCUGCCGCACUGGGCUACAAAGAGAGGAUGUCUUAUAUCAUGAAGGACUCCAGCAAGAGCCCACGGCCCAUGAAGAAGUUCCUGCCCGGCAACAGGAAGAAGGAGCGGAAGCCUUCUGACGACGAGGUUCAAAUAAGGAAAAGCACGGUCGCUCUGGAGGAGGAUGCUCAGAUACUGAGGGUGAUUGAGGCGUACUGCACAGGAGCCAGUCUGCACCAGACCAGCACAGCAGUGCGGAAAGAGUGCAUCCCUCAAGUGCUUCUCCCAGAGGAAGAGAAGAUCAUUGUUGAGGAGAUGAAGAGCAACGGGCAGACAGUUAUUGAGGAAAAGAGCCUAGUUGAUGCUGUGUAUGCUUUAAAGGAUGAGGUUCAUGAACUGAAAAAGGAGAAUAAGUGGAUGAAGCAGUUUCUGGAGGAGGAGCAGAAGUCUCGUAAGGAGCUGGAGAGAGUGGUCCGAAAACUGGCCAAGCAGAAGAAUGAUUGCUCUUGGGAUGACGGCAGCCACUGAGCACAUCCCUACAAUCAUCCUCAUCCUGGUGUGGCUGUGUGUGUGUAUGGGUACAUUUAUGUAAGCAUGCUUGCAGAGGGACAGAAAGGGUCAGGUGUGCAUGUGUAUUUGUGUAUCUGUUUAUGUUGCGUCUCCAUAUUUCAAUCACACAUAGCAGAGUUGGACUCUGACGAUGAUACUUGGAGUUUUUUCUCUUCAAGAGCUGGAGUUUGAUUUGACAUUUUGAUGAAAUCUUGUUUGUCUUCCUGAUCCAGCCUCACUAGAUGACACAGCAAAUAUGCUUCCUCCUGAAGCAGCUCAGCUAAACCAAGACUGAUAAAAAAAAAGAAAUGGGAUGUUUCAAACAUACUGCCUCUCAGCUCCUGGCACUGUGAACACUCCCCAGCAAAUAGAACCAUUUUUCGACAAGGACAAAACAAGUUCUCCACCGCUUCUUUUGCUUCAGUUGGAAAGAGAAAAGGAGCACGAAGCCAUCAAGUCCAAUGGGUGUUCUUUUGCAUGCACUUCUGUUACCAAGGGGACUGAUGUUCUUCUCAUUGCAUCAAGACAUUUCUGUCAUUGUCACAUUUUAUUUGUCACAAGGGCCCCCAGCGGGGAAAUGGAUUUAUUGAGCUUUCAUGAGCAUGUGCGAUUGGCAUUCUUGCAACAUUCUGGACAUUCACAUACACAAGUUUCAGGCAUUUUUGUAGGCGUUUAAGCAAAUCCAAAAGGUUAGCUCAUUGUCUUACAUUCAGUUGUUUCCAAAUGCAGCCCUUGACUUUUUAUUUAAACUGCAUGAAUGUACAGUGUUUCUACAGUACGAAUUCUGCAUCAGAAGUGUGAUAAUCAAGAUAUUCAGAUAUAUAGUCCAAAGCUAUCAGGGAUGCAGCUGUAUAAUAAAAUAGAAAAGGCUUAACUUUGUAUCGUUUAUUAUAUAAGAGUAUGCAAAUAAUGACAGAUAUGUCACCCCUACUCUUACUAAAAUAUAUUAUCAUUUUACCAUAUUAUUAACAUAGCCUGGCUUUAUUUUGGAUUUAUAAGAAAUAUUCCUAUUUAUUGUUCACCCAAGCAUUUAAUUGUGGUGUUAGCCUUAUAGAUAUAGUUCUGCUGCCUUUACAUCUGUCUGGAAUUUUAUUAAACUACACUGAUAUGUAAAGGCAGAAAAAAUAUCUGUUAUAUAUAUAUGUUUUGGCCAAGGGAAAAAUUAGCAUUUUUCAUCACAAAAGAGGAAAACUUACUUUAAUAAUCAGUCUGACUUGACAAUUCAGAGGUUUCUGUUUGCAGCCUCUAUGGCCUCCUAGUGGGUUCCUGCAGAGCUGAUGGAGACAGACUGAGGAAAUGAACAGAGAAAAUGUAUUUGUCGGUGUAGAGUAGAGCUCAACUGUUUAAGUGCCUCCCAAAGGGGUCGAUAAACCUGAGAGUUUAAGACCAGACUGGGACUAAACGCAUGAUUUAUGUUGAAAGUGUCAGAGAUGGAUUGUAGUAAUAUUUUAAUGAGAAUGGCUCAAGCUUAGUGGGUCUAUAUUGGGUCUGAAAAACAAACAGGGCUCUGUGUGCUGUUUAAGAUGCAGCCUCUUUGCGAUACAGCGGUACAUUUCCUCAUGAGGCUGAGUGUGUGCACUGUCAACACUGUUAUCUACUCUUGCUGCGCUGCAGAGCAGCAGUGGAUGCUAUCGAAAUGCAAUAAGUGACUGCUUUACUGACUGACUUCUGGGUUAGCCCCAGCAUGGUAGGCCAGAUUUGGAGAAAUUGCAAUAAUGAAUGAAUUAACCCAAUUUAUUAACCAAAAAGGGCCAGGCCAUGUGGUUUAGCCACCACACAGUUAGGCCGUUCAUUAUGUUCCCUUUGCCUUUAUUUAAUCAAGUCUCUUGGUAUUGAUGAUUGUUUAAAGACAACAGAGCAGGUCCCAGGUUUCAUUACAAAUGAUACAAAAUGUAAUAAUAUUGUAAUACUGUACAAUCCCUGUUGGGAAGUGCUGUGUUUGCGUGCACCUCUUUACAGGGAGGUCAGAGCACUGUGUAGGGUACAAGGCAGCACUGGUACAUCUACAGCAGAGUCACUGUCUUGCUCGAGUGCGCUAAAGCAAGGUGAAUUCUUGCUGUGACUGAUCUUUAACCGCUGUUCCUACUGGGACGCACAGUUAGCAAGCAGACUGUCUUCAGCGUUAACAGAGGCUCUGCUGCCUGGACAGAUGUACGAUCAUCUUUGCUGUUGAGAUUAACGUUGUUGCUGUUUCUGUAUUUUAAAUUGUUUUCAUUAAGUAUAACAUACUGUAGUUUUCAAUUCCCAUAAGCCUCAGUGAGCACUUACUGGUGGGAGGGGGCUAAACUCCGGUUUCAUCUUGUUUAUUUGAAAUGACAUCUCCAGACCACUGUGUGUAUUGUUUUUGAAAGGUUGUUCUAUGCAAUUAUUGUUGUUGCAAGUAUUGUAAUGCUUUUUUUCUAGACACUCUGUACUUUAUGUUUGGUAUGGUCAUUCUUUUAUUAAAAAUUUAAUAUAACAAGUGGA